UAAUCAGUCAAAUGAAUAACAGAAACCAGGGAUAUUCUGUCACUCAUUUGCCGUUUUUCUUUUGUUUAUAAGUCAGAACUAUAUCGAUCCAUCUAUCUUUAUUAUCUUAUCUAUUAUUUGUCUAGUAUCAAAGCCGCUCCACUAUUAUGUUAUCGGUGGGUCGGACCCCCUCCUCUCUCCUUACAUCCCUGCAUCCCUCCCUUCCUCUCUCCCUCCCGGCAGUGCAUCCCCAUCCCCCACACGGUGGCCGUCUCUUCGGGUGAAAGCUGUCUUCUCUGCGCCACUGGUCCGACAAAACGUUGCUGUAGCAGAGCCAGUCCGCACCGACCUGAGGCACAGCAGACCCACGGGAGAGAUCACGUACGCACACGGGGAAUCUUUUUUUUGUUCUACCGAGUGGCUUUGAUUUGCAUAUCCACUUCCACUCCUUCCUCAUUUGCAUACAGCAAGAAUGGCGAGCGGGCAUCCCACAGACAAAUUCAGUUUCAUGUAUCAACCAGACACGCACAAGAGUAAGAACAGGUUAGCUUCAGCUAUGAAUCCAGUCUACAGCCCCGUUCAGCCUGGCACCCCAUAUGGAAACCCUAAAAACAUGGCCUUUACAGGCUAUCCAGGAGGGUAUACUGCCACGGCUCCCACCUAUACACCCAACCUUUAUCAAACGGGCAGUCCUGGGUAUCCACCAGGAUAUACUUCAGCAGGCACCCCGUACAAAGUGCCCCCCACUCAGUCAAAUGGAGCACCCCCUCCCUACACCCCCACCCCCACCCCCUACCCAACAGCCAUGUACCCCAUUCGCAGUGCCUACCCUCAGCAGAACCUAUACGCACAGGGAGCAUACUAUACCCAGCCAGUGUAUGCGGCUCAGCCACAUGUGAUUCAUCACACCACCGUGGUGCAGCCUAACAGCAUCCCCUCCACAGCCCUCUACCCUGCCCCCGUCCCUGUCCCUGCUCCUCGCAACAACGGCAUGGCUGCCAUGGGGAUGGUAGCUGGGACAACCAUGGCCAUGAGCGCAGGGACCCUGCUGACAACGCCCCAGCACGCCCAGAUUGGAGGACACCCAGUUACUGUGCCAACCUACAGGGCCCAAGGGACACCUGGGUACAGCUACGUACCACCUCACUGGUAGAGCCCACCCAUCAUAUCUGGAGUCCACCAUCGUAUGCAACUUCUCAAAUCUUACACGGGCUCCCACUGGUAACCAUGGGAACUCAACACCUGUCUGCAAGAACAAAACUAAAGUGCAAUAGCCACUUUACUAUUAUUGUUAUUGUUAGUAUGCGACAUUCUCUAACAUUUUUACAAAAGCUGCUUUUAUUUUUCUCUCCGUUCAUUUGCCAACCAGUCAUUACCUUAUUUUGUAUGGCUAUUUUAUUUUUUUAUUUGAUCUCCUCAUUUUCUGUUGAUGUGUCUGUCAUUGGAACUCCAGAAGGACUCUUGACCAAUCACGGGUGUCAGUUGCUCCUGUUUCUGUGUUGUGCUGGUGUGUGUGGUCCUUCCUGCUGCUGCUCAGUUGGUUGGAAAAUAUUGGGCACUUAUUCUCAGAAGUGCACUCAUUAUCAUCUCCAUCAGUCACUACGAAGACUUAAGCUGCCACAUUUCUAACAACUAGAUAUCAGCACAGGGUUUUAACAUGAUAAACAUUUUAGUUUUUCUGGUUAUUUAAUUUUUUUGAUAUUCUUACUUUUACACAUCCAAAUUAUUAUUUUUUUUUUUUCUACCUUUGUUCUUCCCUUGUCUAUCAUUUUUUUUCCACCUUGUUACAUUUUCAGUUUAAUCUCAGUCGUCUUCCAGCGCCUAGCUGUCUGUCGGGCAGUAGUCAGUCCAUCAUCCCUGCCGUUUACGUGUCCGUGAGUGCUAUAGGCAGAUCACUUACCGACCAUUACCCAUGCUGCUGCUCACUGUGUCCACAUUAGCAUAGCACACACUAAGAAAACUUCACCUGCUACAUGCUACAUACUAUGCAGGCUAGUAUGUUAUGACAGUAUCGGAACCUUAACCUGUAAGAAUCUUUAUAAUAACCAUGUCAACAGCAUGGGUAUUUACACACACACACACACACACACACACACACACACACACACACACACACACACACACACACACACACACACACACACACAGGCUCCUGUGUUGUGUCAGAAAAAACACAUGAUCACUUAGUGGCACUUACUAUACAAUACCUCCAGUUAUGUUGUUACUGAUUACACACACACACACACACACACACACACACACACUGACGUGACGUGGGUUUCUAGGGGUGUGCAUGGCAGACAGCAGAGAAGGAGUUUAAAAGGGAUUGUGUUGGCGCAAAGAGAGGAGAGCAGGACUGGAUGGAGAGAGCAGACUUUAAGGAAGGAGGAGGAGCUCACAUAUUCACAGUCGGGUCAUUUCAUUUCAAAGUACAAGACAUUUGAGUUUGGGACAUGUCACCUGCAAGAGGCCACUCAAACACUGCUAUUUUUGCACUGCAUGUAUUGUACAUUGAUUCCUCACUGUGAUUACAUCACCUCCUCCUCCAUCCUUCUUUCAGGUGAGGACUUUAUAACCAAACACUCUACAAAUAGAAACCCACGCUCUCGAGUAUACAGUUAAUAGUGGACCAGUCAAAUACAUGUGUGCUGAUGAAUGGAUAGGUUUCAAUGGACUAGUCCAUUUCACAGUUCUGUGAGUGCUGAAAAGACCUAACCAGUGACAUGGGUGGUUGUGCACCACGUUUAGGAAGAAAUGAUGGCAAAUCAGAGGGCUGUAGUGUGUAUACACCUGGUCCAUGUCAUAGGGAUGAUUUGUUAUGCUCUGAAUUUGGGUCAAAAUUUGAACUUUGUCGGUAUUACCAUAUGAAUUGCAAGAGCACUGUAGUCAAAAAAAAAAGAAAAGUGCUUGUUUUAGUGUUCGUGGCUCCAACAGUGGAAGAAUAUUAAGACAUUUUAGCAAGAGUGCAGAGCCGUGAUGACGCGGUCACUUAGUUGUAAACUGGUUCAUUCCAGUUGGCUUUUUAGACUUUAAGUAAUUUUUUUUAAUGAAAAAUCCAUUUGUUUACGGUCUUUUUUUUUUUUUUUUUUUUUAAUUUACACAUCUGCUUUUACUGACUGCAUUUAAAAAACAAAACAUAACAGUCCAUUUUUUUUAAAUCCAUGCAUAACCUUGAUAGUCAUCAGAUGAGGAUAAUAUUUGAGCCAAUGAGACAUGGACCCUAUACAGCAAUUCAUUUUGUUGCCUUUUAUGCUUAUACAUGUAGAGACAUUUAUGUGCAAAGGCAGUAUGAUGACCCAUUUUAAUCAAACACUACAAACAUACCGAGUAGUGGUGGUGGUGGGGUUUAAUAUUUAAGUGAGGCGUGUGGUAUUUUUCAGGAUGUACACACAAAAAAAGACUAAAAUUACAAGUUCAUGAUCUGUAGAGUACAGAUUUGUAUAACAAAAAGCAUUUACUGCGCAGGUAUGUAGAUGAAGUGGUUUGAUAUUGCAAUAAAAUAAGAGGGAACGCCUCAAACUGUUAACAUACAGUAAUUAUUUUCUGAGUGUUUUGAAUUGAUUUAAAAAAAAAGCUUAUUGUAAUCUCUAAAGGCUCUGUAUGCAGCCUCCAUUCAAUAAUUAUUGCAGUUACUGCUAAGAAGAGAAGUAGGAACAUAUCAAAAAUUUAGUAUUGAAUAACUGUGGAAAUAAUGCAGAACAUAAGACAAAAAAAAAUUAUAAUUUAAUGCUAAGUAACAGGUACCUAUCUUGUUAGUGCAAGAUGAAGAAACAAUUUAUAUUGUAAUUAAAAAAUAAAACGAUAAGGUUGAGUGUUUGAGGUAUUCUUAGUCCAGAUGUUUGUACACUAGUAGGUUAAUUCUCAAGAAAAUAUUGCAUAAUACCGCUGUCGGAUGAAAACCGUCGAUCUUUGAGCCUUAUUUUUGAAACGGCCCUUGUAUUUUACAAGAUAAGUGGAUGUUUAUGGGUCAUAUAGCCACCACGUAAGGAUCUUGUACAUUUUAACUCAAGCCAGUACAACUGAAAAGAAUACAGAAAGUGGGUUUUCUUGCGACAGCAGUAAUGUGACUCGUCAUUAGGAUUUAUUUAACCAACCACUACUUCUGUCCGUAUUUCUCAAUAAAGUCUUAUGUUUUUUUUUUGUUUUUUUUCUUCUUUCCCUCUGGUCAAUUGAGCAUAAUGGGUAUGCAUAAUAUUCAGGUGUAUUUCACUAUAGCAUUGGAUAUCUAAGUUCAAAAAAAAAAAAAAAUGCAGUAUAUUUA